AAUGACGGCAAGACGGACACAAUGUUGUUUUGGCUGCUGCUGCCACUGGCCGCUCACUCCUCUCUGGCUGGGCCUUUGCUAGCCACGGAAAAAGACAACCGGCUGCUAGCUGAGAAGUACCUUCGGCGCUUUUAUGGCCUUCCGGUUGGUCUGCAAAGCCAGAAGAGGACAGCGGGAGACUUUAAGUCCAAGCUUCAGGAAAUGCAAAGGUUCUUCAAACUCAAGGUGACGGGCAAUCUGGAUGACAACACCUUAGAUGUGAUGACUCAGGCAAGAUGUGGUGUCCCGGAUAUGGCCGAAUACAACCACUUCCCGCGACACCUCAAAUGGAAAAAUAACAUUGUGACCUUCAGGAUUCUAAAUUACACUCCGGAUUUGAGGAAGUCCGAUGUGGACCGAGCCAUCCGCACCGCACUCAACGUGUGGUCUGACGCGACGCCGCUGAGAUUUAAGAAGCUGUACUACGGCACUGCUGACAUUAUGAUCAGUUUUGGGAGGAAAGAACAUGGUGACCACAACCCUUUCGACGGUCCUAACGGGCUGCUGGCUCACGCUUACCCGCCAGGCGAAGGCAUUGGAGGAGACACUCACUUCGAUGAGGACGAGCACUGGAGCAAAGAUUCAUCAGCUUAUAAUCUGUUCAUCGUGGCAGCACAUGAGUUGGGCCACGCCCUCGGCAUGUCGCACUCCACAGACUCGGGCGCCCUCAUGUACCCCAUCUAUUCGUACGCGACGGGGUACCCUCUUGCCGAAGAUGAUGUCAAAGGCAUCCAGGCACUAUAUGGUAACGACUCCAUCAUCAGCCAUUCGUUUCUUGCUUUGUCUUUUUUUAAUCAUUUGAUUUCUUUCCGAAAUAUACCGGUAGGCCCCAACCCAGACCACAAGAAAAUCAAGCCGAAACCAGACGCCCCUCAAAAAUGUGACCCGACUUUGAGCUUCGAUGCUGCUACAGAACUCAGAGGAGAAACCAUCAUCUUCAAAGACAAAUUCUACUGGCGCCUCCACCCUCAGAUGCACGAACCCGAGCUAACACUGAUCAAGUCCACAUGGCCGUCCAUCCCCAACAAGGUCGACGCAGCCUAUGAGAACCCAGAGAAAGACCAGGUCAUCAUUUUUAGCGGUAUCCGCAUGUGGGCUUUGAAUGGAUACGACCUUGUGGCUGGUUAUCCAAAGUACAUCCACAAACUGGGACUUCCUAAAAGCGUGAGGAAACUGGAUGCGGCUGUUCACAUCAAAGACGAGGGGAAAACUCUCCUCUUCCAUGAUGAGGAGUAUUGGAGCUAUGAUGAAGCAAGCGGCACCAUGGAUAGUGGCUCCCCGCGAUCCAUAGAGAAGGAUUUUCCAGGAAUGGACGACGAGGUUGAUGCUGCGGUUUAUCACUACGGGUUUUUGUAUUUCUUCCAUGACCACACGCAGUAUGAGUACAGUUACACGUCAAGGAAGGUCAUGCGUAUCCUGAGAACCAACUUUAUUCUCGGCUGUUGAGGUUGCAGACAUGUUCGAUAUGUACAAAAUAAAAGGGAAUGCGUAGGAAUGACACAGUAGCAACAUUUUAAAAAAAUGUUUCUUUGCAACAGUGCUGGACACAGACACAGAGAGAAUUCCCAUCAGUGUGAUGGCUGAUAGUAUUUGUAUUUAUUCUUUUGGUUCUUUUUCUAGCUCAGGAUUUGCAGAGACUGUAUAUCACUGGUGUCAAAGUCAAGGACCGGGGGCCAGAUCUGGCCCGCCACAUCAUUUUAUGUGGACCACGAAAGCCAAUCAAACAUGUCAACUUUCACGAUGCUUGCUAGCUGUACCAAAAUUCAUAUUCUCAUACGUAAGAAAUAAGAGAGAUAUUGUAAGCAUUUUCUUGUUGUCCAAACCCUCAUUACAGUAACUUAAACAGUAGUUCGAAUAAACCGUUAUUCUUGACUUCUUGAUAUGGUUUCGGUCAUAACGGCCCUCCGAGGGAAAUCGUCACAACAAUGCGGUCCAUGACAAAAAUGGGUUUGACACCCGUGCUGGACAUGAUAAUGUGAUUCAAAAAGAUCUGCACACUCUUGUAGGUGAAACAACUAUCAUUUGUAUGUUUUUGAAAAGUAAUGCUAAUAAGUAGAAGGGAUUGAUAACUUUGAAGAAGGCCCAUUUUGAGUUCUAUACUUGUCAUGUGGUGUUUUUGCUAUUUCUUGUCAAUGAUAAAUAAAAUGGUUCAUUGGAUUUGUUUUGAAGUGGAA